GAUUCAAAGUUCCACCGAGAGCAGGAGAGCAGAUGGGACUGCGAGAAUCUCUGAGACAAAAAGCUUCUGGAGAAAACCCACCAUGAGGGGAGAGAAGAGGGAGAGAAGGGCUUUUUACUUUUAAUUAUACUUUCUUUAAAUUAAACCUGACCUUUCAUACAUGAAUCAAAGCUAAAAGAACACCACCCAAAGACAAAAUCCAAAGAGAAAGAAAAAGGUGCACAGACAGAGUGGUUGAAGAGGCAGAGAAGUAAAGAUAAAAAAAAAAAGCUGGAAGAGGAGAACGGAAAUGGCUACUGGAAAAUCAACUGGUCAUGGUGGUGAGACACAUCUCUCAGAUCUGAGGAUUGUGCUGCUGGGAGGGAGAUGGACAGAGAAGAGUUCAGCAGGAGACACCAUCCUGGGCAGAGAGGAGUUUGGGUCUGGAAAAAGAACUGUGCAGUGUGUGAAGAGACAGGGUGAAGUAGCUGGCAGGCAGGUCACUGUUGUCGACACACCAGGCUGGUGGGGCUAUCUUCCUAUAGAAGGUUCGGCUGAUUUGCUGAAACAGGAGAUUGUGAGCAGUGUGUCUCUGUGUUCCCCUGGACCCCAUGCUUUCCUCAUUGUCAUUAAUGUGGAUUCAUCAUUUGAAGAGAAACACAGGAGAUCAAUGGAGGAACAUCUCCAUCAGCUCCUUGGUGAGAGAGUCUGGAGACACUCUAUACUACUGUUCACCAGUGGGAACCAUUUAGGAAAAAAGCCUAUGAAGAAGCACACUGAGACUGAAAAGAAGGCCCUCCAAUGGGUCAAAGAGAAAUGUGGGAACAGGCAUCAUUUUCUCCGUAAUAAGAAUAAGGAUGACGUCACUCAGGUCACAGAGUUGCUGGAGAAGAUAGAGGAGAUGGUGGUGGGAAACGGUGGCAGUGAAUUUCACUUAGAGACUAAAGUUCUACAAGAGCUGGAAGAGAAGAGGAAGAUGAUUGAAGAACGAGUGAUUCAGAGAGAUGUAAAGGUGCAGAAACACAGAGAGAAGCUCCGAGAUCUUUUAAAAGGAAAGAGGGACCAUUUUUCAGAGCUGAGGAUUGUGCUGCUGGGGUGGGUGGCUGGAGGAAAGAGCUCCUCAGGAAACACCAUCUUGGGCAAACAGGUGUUUGGAGUUUGGAGCAGAACUACGCAGUGUGUGAAGAGUCAGGGUGAAGUAGCUGGAAGGCAGGUCACUGUGGUCGACACACCAAGCUGGUGGAAAUUCAUUCCAGCAGAGUUUACACCGGACAGGGUAAAACAGGAAAUCGUGAACAGCUUGACUGCGCGUCCUCCUGGACCCCAUGCGAUCCUUCUGGUCAUUCCAGUAGACACGUCAUUUAAAGAAGAAGAGAGAAUAAUACUUCGAGACAACAUGAAGCGUCUCGGUGCGAGAGUCUGGAGACACACCAUAGUGCUCUUCACUUGUGGAGAAUGUCUGAGAGGAACAAGCAUCGAGCAUCACAUUGAGAGUGAGGGGAAGGCCCUUCAGUGGGUUAUAGAAAAAUGUGAGAACAGGUAUCAUGUUUUCAACAAUGAGGACAUGGAGGAUCGCACACAAGUCACAGAGCUGCUGGAAAAGAUUGAGGAGAUGGAGACAGUAAACAGCGUGUUUCACCUGAGUGCUGAGAUUCACAGAGACGAGAUGGAGACAGAUAACAGUGAGGAUCAUCUCAGCACAGACACACCAAAGGAUUCUGAGCAAAAUCCAGACAGAGUAAGAGAACUGGCACAAACUCUGGAUAAAGAAUGGAUCAGGAGAGAAGAAGACCUGUUGAAUAAAAUGAAUACGAUGUUUGUAAAAAAACCAGACAGUGAGAGACAAUCUCUACAAAAAGCAAAAGUGAUCCAAAAGGAAGGGGAAACUGAGAUUGAGCAUAAGAAUAGGAAGCAGACCUGUACUACCCGGCACAUUGCUCAAGUCAGUGAGUUUGAUUCAUUCUCUGAAGCAUAUGAGGAAACUCCCACUGAAUCUGAACUGGAAAAUUUUGUUGGCUCUACAAAAGGACAAACGAGUGGUCUACAGCAAAAAGACAAGAACAUACAGAGCCCACAAUGGACAGAACAAGGAGACUUUGUGCUACAGAGACAUGUGUUUGAAAAGGAAUGGAACAGAAGAGAAUCAGUGAUGGUGGAUAAGGUGAUAUGCACUGUGAAGUCAUUGCUGAAGAGUGGCAUCCCUUCAGCCAAGAAGGAGGACAGCAUGGAACAACCGGUUGAUAGGGAGACACAUCUCUCAGAUCUGAGGAUUGUGCUGCUGGGGGGGAGAUGGACAGGGAAGAGUUCAGCAGGAGACACCAUCCUGGGCAGAGAGGAGUUUGAGUCUGGAAAAAGAACUGUGCAGUGUGUGAAGAGACAGGGUGAGGUAGCUGGCAGGCAGGUCACUGUCGUCGACACACCAGGCUGGUGGGACCAUUUCUCAGUUAAGGGUUCGGCUGAUUUGCUGAAACAGGAGGUUAUGAGCAGUAUGUCUCUGUGUCCCCCUGGACCCCACGCUUUCCUCAUUGUCAUUAAUGCAGACUCAUCAUUUGAAGAGAAACACAGGAAAUCAAUGGAGGAACAUCUGCACCAGCUUCUCAGUGAGGGAGUCUGGAGACACUCUAUACUGCUGUUCACCAGUGGGAACCAUUUAGGAGAAAAGCCUAUGAAGCAGCACACUGAGACUGAAAGGAAGGCCCUCCAAUGGGUCAUGGAGAAAUGUGGGAACAGAUAUCAUGAUCUCUGUAAUAAGAAUAAGGAUGACGUCACUCAGGUCACAGAAUUGCUGGAGAAGAUAGAGGAGAUGGUGGUGGGAAACGGUGGCAGUGAAUUUCACUUAGAGACUAAAGUUCUACAAGAGCUGGACGAGAGGAGGAAGAUGAUUGAAGAACGAGUGACACAGAGAGUAACAAAGAUGCAGAAACAGAGAGAGAAGCUGCAGGCUCUUUUAAAAGGAAAGAGGGACCAUCUUUCAGAGCUGAGGAUUGUGCUGCUGGGGUGGGUGGCUGGAGGAAAGAGCUCCUCAGGAAACACCAUCCUGGGCAGACAGGAGUUUGGAGACUGGAGAAGUGCUACGCAGUGUGUGAAGAGUCAGGGUGAAGUAGCUGGCAGGCAGGUCACUGUGGUCGACACACCAAGCUGGUGGAAAUUCAUUCCAGCGGACUUUACACCAGACAGGGUAAAACAGGAAAUUGUAAACAGCUUAAAUGUGUGUCCCCCCGGACCCCAUGCGAUCCUUCUGGUCAUUCCAGUAGACACGUCGUUUAAAGAAGAAGAGAGAAUAAUACUUCGAGACAACAUGAAGCGUCUCGGUGGGAGAGUCUGGAGACACACCAUAGUGCUCUUCACCUGUGGAGAAUGUCUGAGAGAAACAACCAUCGAGCAUCACAUUGAGAGUGAGGGGAAGGACCUUCAGUGGGUUAUAGAAAAAUGUGAGAACAGGUAUCAUGUUUUCAACAAUGAGGACAUGGAGGAUCGCACACAAGUCACAGAGCUGCUGGAAAAGAUUGAGGAGAUGGAGACAAUAAACAGCGUGUUUCACCUGAGUGCUGAGAUUCACAGAGACGAGAUGGAGACAGAUAACAGUGAGGAUCAUCUCAGCACAGACACACCAAAGGAUCCUGAACUAAAACCAGUCCGAGUGAGAGAAAUGAUGCAUACUCUUGAGAAAGAAUGGAUGAGGAGAGAAGAGGAGCUAUUCAAUAAAAUAAACAGGAUAAUAGACAGUGAGAAGAGAAAGAAGAGAAAAUUGUUUGAAAAAGAAGGGGAUGUGGCUGAGAUCAUGCAUAAGAAGAGGAAGCAGGCCUCUACUACCCAGGACAUUGCCCAAGUCACCAAGAAGGAGGACAGCAUGAAACAACCCCCUAACAGUGAGUUUGGGUAG